GAGUCAAUCCAAAUGUGUUCUUUCCUCUUGGCAGCGUUCCUGCCUCCUGGCAUGGCAAUCCUCUUCCCUGAGACUGGCAGUUGCUCAAGAUAGGAAGCUCCCGGGACCAGACCCGAGCGACAGCCGGCUACGCCGUCCGCUGGCCUGAACAAAUAAACGCGUGUCUUCAAAAAACUACAAUCCCCAUGGUGGCACGCGCCUGUAGUCCCAGCUACUCUGGUGGCUGAGGCAGGAGAAUGGCGUAAACCCGGGAGGCGGAGCUUACAGUGAGCCGAGAUCGCGCCACUGCACUCCAGCCUGGGCGACAGAGCGCUCAAAAAAAAAAACAAAACAAACAAAAAAAAAAACUACAACCCCCAUGAAGCUUUAGUGCCUUUGAGGGGAGGAGUGGCGCAUGUUUGUUCACGCACGAAAAAGAAAUUAAACCUAACUACCGUUCCCAGAGGGCGCCGCUCUGCAAAUUACCCAAUCAGCUCUAAGUACAAAGCAUCGCGAGUCUUUAGUGCUCUUUGGCGCUAUAAGCCCGUGGGAACGGGCAUUGGAGACCCUUUUCACAAGAUGGCGCCGAAAGCGAAGAAGGAAGCUCCUGCCCCUCCUAAAGCUGAAGCCAAAGCGAAGGCUUUAAAGGCCAAGAAGGCAGUGUUGAAAGGUGUCCACAGCCACAAAAAGAAGAAGAUCCGCACGUCACCCACCUUCCGGCGGCCGAAGACACUGCGACUCCGGAGACAGCCCAAAUAUCCUCGGAAGAGCGCUCCCAGGAGAAACAAGCUUGACCACUAUGCUAUCAUCAAGUUUCCGCUGACCACUGAGUCUGCCAUGAAGAAGAUAGAAGACAACAACACACUUGUGUUCAUUGUGGAUGUUAAAGCCAACAAGCACCAGAUUAAACAGGCUGUGAAGAAGCUGUAUGACAUUGAUGUGGCCAAGGUCAACACCCUGAUUCGGCCUGAUGGAGAGAAGAAGGCAUAUGUUCGACUGGCUCCUGAUUACGAUGCUUUGGAUGUUGCCAACAAAAUUGGGAUCAUCUAAACUGAGUCCAGCUGCCUAAUUCUGAAUAUAUAUAUAUAUCUUUUCACCAUA